ACUGUACGCCACGGUUUCCCCUACCAACCUUCAGCCUUGGCAUUUGAUCCGGUUCAGAAAAUACUGGCCAUUGGGACUCAGACUGGAGCACUAAGGCUCUUUGGUCGGCCAGGAGUUGAAUGCUACUGUCAACAUGACAGUGGAGCUGCAGUAAUCCAACUUCAGUUCCUGAUUAAUGAGGGAGCUCUAGUGAGUGCCUUGGCUGAUGACACCUUACACCUGUGGAACUUGCGCCAGAAGAGGCCGGCUAUCCUUCAUUCCCUCAAAUUUAACCGGGAACGGAUAACAUUUUGUCACCUACCUUUCCAAAGCAAAUGGCUGUAUGUGGGCACUGAAAGAGGAAACAUUCACAUUGUCAAUGUGGAAUCAUUUACUCUCUCAGGCUAUGUCAUCAUGUGGAAUAAAGCCAUUGAACUGUCAUCCAAAUCUCACCCAGGACCUGUUGUCCACAUUAGUGACAAUCCAAUGGAUGAAGGAAAGCUUCUGAUUGGCUUUGAAUCUGGGACGGUGGUAUUAUGGGACCUGAAGUCAAAGAAGGCAGAUUACAGAUAUACACAUGAUGAGGCUAUCCACUCUGUGGCUUGGCAUCAUGAAGGCAAACAAUUCAUUUGUAGUCACUCAGAUGGUACCUUGACCAUAUGGAAUGUAAAAUCUCCUACCAAGCCAUUCCAGACGAUCACUCCACAUGGAAAGCAGCUGAAGGAUGGAAAGAAGCCAGAACCCUGCAAACCUAUCCUUAAGGUGGAAUAUAAAACAACUAGAGCUGGGGAGCCUUUCAUCAUUCUCUCAGGAGGCUUGUCAUAUGACACUGUAGGAAGAAGACCCUGUUUAACAGUCAUGCAUGGGAAAAGUACUGCUGUGCUAGAAAUGGAUUAUUCUAUUGUUGAUUUUCUAACCCUGUGUGAAACUCCAUAUCCUAAUGACUUUCAGGAACCAUAUGCUGUAGUUGUUCUCCUAGAAAAAGACUUAGUACUGAUUGACCUUGCACAAAAUGGGUAUCCUAUCUUUGAGAAUCCCUAUCCUUUGACUAUACAUGAGUCUCCCGUUACCUGUUGCGAAUAUUUUGCUGAUUGUCCUGUGGAUCUCAUACCUGCACUCUAUUCAGUUGGUGCUCGACAGAAGCGUCAAGGUUACAGCAAGAAGGAAUGGCCUAUCAGUGGAGGCAACUGGGGUGUGAUCACUCAGAGCUAUUCAGAGAUCAUUAUUACAGGGCAUGCUGAUGGAUCAAUUAAAUUUUGGGAUGCGUCAGCAAUAACGCUGCAAGUACUCUAUAAGCUAAAAACAGCCAAAGUAUUUGAAAAAUCACGGAAUAAAGAUGACAGGCCAAACACAGAUAUAGUAGAUGAAGAUCCAUACGCUAUUCAGAUCAUCUCAUGGUGUCCAGAAAGUAGAAUGCUGUGCAUAGCUGGAGUUUCUGCACAUGUCAUUAUUUACAGGUUCAGCAAGCAGGAGGUGACGACAGAAGUCAUUCCGAUGCUGGAAGUGCGUCUCCUAUAUGAAAUAAAUGAUGUUGAAACUCCAGACGGUGAGCAGGUGCCACCUGUACCCACUCCAGGCACAGGCUCCAAUCCCCAAUCCAUUGUUCCCCAGUCUCAUCCAUCUACUAGUAGCAGUUCAUCUGAUGGACUUCGUGAUAAUGUCCCAUGUUUGAAAGUCAAAAAUUCUCCUCUCAAGCAGUCUCCAGGCUACCAAAUCGAGCUUGUUAUCCAGCUGGUGUGGGUGAGUGGAGAACCUCCUCAACAGAUAACCAGCUUAGCCAUCAACUCUGCAUAUGGCCUAGUAGUUUUUGGAAACUGUAAUGGUAUUGCCAUGGUUGAUUACCUCCAGAAGACAGUGCUCUUGAAUCUAGGCACUAUUGAACUGUACGGCUCCAAUGAUCCCUACCGCAGGGAGCCACGAUCUCCCCGAAAAACCCGGCAACCAUCUGGAGCAGGUCUCUGUGAUAUAAAUGAAGGUACAGUGGUGCCAGAAGAUCGCUGCAAGUCACCCACAUCAGGUUCUGGUUCACCAAACAAUUCUGAUGAUGAACAAAAAAUGAAUAAUUUUAUAGAAAAGGUGAGGACCAAAAGCAGAAAAUUUUCCAAGAUGGUAACCAAUGACAUAGCAAAGAUGUCCAGGAAGCUAAGUUUGCCAACUGAGUUAAAGCCUGAUUUAGAUGUCAAAGACAACUCUUUCAGUCGAUCCCGGAGUUCUAGUGUAACUAGCAUUGAUAAAGAGUCACGCGAGGCAAUUUCAGCUCUUCAUUUUUGUGAGACUUUCACAAGAAAGGCUGAUACAUCACCUUCCCCAUGCCUGUGGGUUGGCACCACACUGGGUACAGUGCUUGUCAUUGUACUGAACUUACCCCCAGGAGGAGAGCAGAGACUUCUUCAGCCAGUAAUUGUUUCUCCCAGUGGAACCAUCCUGAGGCUAAAAGGGGCAAUCUUGAGAAUGGCUUUUUUGGACACCACAGGAUCUUUGGUCCCACCAGCACAUGAAACCUGGAGAGAACACCAUGAGGAUAAAGAUGAAAAAGAAAAAGCAAAAAAACGACGACCUGUCUCAGUGUCCCCUUCUUCCUCUCAGGAAAUCAGUGAAAACCAAUAUGCAGUGAUAUGUUCAGAAAAGCAAGCAAAAGUUAUCUCACUGCCAUCCCAGAACUGUAUUUAUAAGCAAAAUAUAACAGAGACUUCUUUUGUUCUUCGUGGAGACAUAGUGUCGUUGAGUAACAGUAUCUGCCUUGCAUGUUUUUGUGCCAAUGGACAUAUUAUGACUUUUAGUUUGCCCAGUUUAAGGCCGUUGUUGGAUGUAUAUUACCUGCCACUCACCAACAUGCGGAUAGCCAGAACGUUCUGCUUCACCGAUAAUGGACAAGCACUCUAUCUUGUCUCACCAACUGAAAUACAGAGGCUCACCUACAGCCAAGAAACAUGUGAAAAUCUUCAGGAAAUGUUGGGUGAGCUCUUCACUCUUGUAGAAACACCAGAAGCACCAAACAGGGGGUUCUUCAAAGGCCUGUUCGGAGGUGGGGCACAAUCACUUGACAGAGAAGAACUCUUUGGAGAAUCAGCAUCUGGGAAGGCAUCAAGGAGUCUUGCCCAGCAUAUUCCAGGACCUGGGGGUAUCGAAGGUGUCAAAGGAGCAGCAUCUGGUGUCGUUGGUGAACUGGCACGAGCCCGGCUGGCACUGGAUGAAAGAGGACAGAAACUGGGAGAACUGGAAGAGAAAACUGCAGCUAUGCUUUACAGUGCUGAUUCUUUCUCAAAACAUGCUCACGAGAUGAUGUUGAAGUACAAAGACAAGAAGUGGUACCAGUUCUGAUGACUCUCAUCAAUCACAUCUGUUUAAUUUUGUCCUGAUGAAAAAAUCUUGUUUUUUCAUUAAUUUUGGCAGGACCACUGAUAUUUAAAGGAGUAUUCACCAUCGGAUACUGUUGUUUCCUAGCACAAAUGACACACUGUUUUACCUCAGUCCUGGCUUUAACUGAGGAGCUUUAUAUCUAAGAAACACACACAAAGAAAGAAACUUGGGUGUUUCUUAGCUGUUGGUUAGCAUAAAGUUGGAGCAGAGAAGGUAGCUGGAACAUGUGGGAAAGAGAGUAAAAGGAAAUCAUGGUGAGAUGGGCAGGGGCAAUGCAGGGUCAAUCCUGUGUUAAUAUUUCAUAUGCCAAAAGUUUUUGUGCUAUUGUAAUUGCUGCCAGUGUUAUACCCUCCUGUAAGGAGAGGCAAUAAAUCAGGGGUCCAAGAGCUGGAAUCGAGCUGUUUGUCUUGCUGGACAGUAGCUGACUUACAAUUACCCUCUCUAGGACUCGCUAUAUUUACCAUUAUUGUUGAAGAAGAGUUGAAGUUUCCUGUCAUUCUUUCAUUUAAAAAGCUGGAAGCUUGGAAGAUUUCUUAUUGAAAAUUGUAUACAUAGUUGACCUGUGCAUAGUCUUUUCUUGGACCCCUGAUCUAGUAUUCUUGUAUUCACAUCAUAUUCUGUGACGUGCAAAACAAAAGAAUACGUAAUUUUUUGCAUUAAAAAGUCAAGUGAAUAAUAUGACUGGAAUGUGUCAUGCUGGGAGUUUUCGUUUGUGUUAUGGCCGUGCAAUGUGAAAUGUGGUAACAUCUUCCUUGUGGUAAGAAUUCUUCAACUUCUGUUCAGUUAAAUAUUAUUUUUGCCAAAAAUAGUUAUUGGUUCAGGUUGUGUAACAUUUAGAAUUGGCUGUGGGUUCCAUUCAUGCUGUGAGUUUUUAUAAAUGUUUAACAGAAUGUAUCUUUACAGCCAUUAAUUGAAAUAGCUGAGAUAGUUUUGCUCAAGACUUAAGUUCGAGAUGCCCCUUUAGUCCUUCACUAUGAAAUCAGAUAACCUUGGACUCAGGUUUUCAAACUUCUACACACCAUGGAGGUGCUGAUGCAUGAAUAAUGGCAAGCAAGCAUUUAAUACUUGAUAAUGGUCAGUAUGUUGUUUAGCCAAUCUCUAAGUUCUGCCAGUAGCGCUAUUUUACAAGUACCUGUCUCAUCCCCGUGCAGCACUAAAGGCAUUUGUCCUAAAGUUUGAUUUAAUCUCUAAAGCAGUGUUUUCAUUGUAAGCAGUGGUAAAGUGUGCAUAAAAACUUUAGGAAUUGCUGAAAUAAUGUUCCAUUUGGGUGAGAUAAAUAAUACAGCUGAGCUAACUUGUUAAUGGCUACUGCACUAAAGCUGUAUCAGUGUGAAUAACCAGGGCUCUUUUUAAAAGAGAGUAUUCCUUAAAAUAAAUGCUUGCAUUUCAAAAAUUCCUUUAGACCUUUUUUCUCAAAUCUUUUCUCAAAUCAAAAAUUCCUGAUUUUUUCUCAAAUCAGGAAUAGUCAUUGACUCGUUUUGUUUUAUAAAAGGGAGUACUUAGAAGCUGAUAGGUCUACAUUGUCUGAAAUUAAUCACUUAGGUUUGCUUCUCCAAGCAUUGCAUUUUGUGUACUUUUUUCACAAACUUCCUGAAUGUUCCCAAAGCAAAACUUUGGUUAUAUUUGUAUUGUGAAGUGAUGUUGCAGGUACACAGAUAAGGCAACCUUACAAAACACCUCAAGGAUGCAAAAUAUUGAAGUUACUUAUGGUUCCUUAAAUCACUUUCCAAAUGAGAGAAAAAUAUGUUCAGGCUUUGAAGCACAAACUGGUAAAUUUUCUCACUUUAGGUAGAGCAACAUUUUAAAAAGACAGUUGAAUUGUGUUGCCAGUAAAAGGGCAUGCUCUGCUAUGCCCACUGCUCAAAGGACUUAAAAAAUAAGAAUGUGACAAUUCAAACAAGUAGUAUUAUGAUUUCUUGAUAUGUCUGUCCCAUAGCUACUGAGGCAAUGUUUACUUGAGUUACUUAACUCAGUUUGCCAUGCAAUAUUUGCCUCUGCAUGUUAAUUUAUUUUUUAGUGUCUAAUUAAUGCCUAUUUAGCAUCAUUUUGUGAGACAUUCAGGUAGAAGAAAAUGAGAUAAACCACUAUCCAUACCACAUCCAAAAAAACCCACCCUAGCUGACACUUGACCCCUUCCUUGUCUCACAUUUAUAAAUUGAGUUGACUUAUUAUUAUUUGACCUGCUGAAAAUAAAGUACAUUUCAGGGCAACAGAAUCCUGGGGAAUUAAUCUGGUCAGGCUCUGGGGGAGAGGAUUGCAAAAGCAUUCUUCAACAAAUUAUGGUAUCAAUCAAUGGAAGAUGACCUUGGCUUGAAAGGAAAGCCUACUUAACUUUCUCAUCAAGAUAUAUUUGACAACCACCAGCAAGUAAAAUAAUCAGAGGCAAUGAGAGACCAUCUGGCAGUACCAGAGGAGUAGCAGCUGAUUUGGUGUUACAGAAUCUAUCGUAGUUGAAUCUCUUCUGGUGCUUGUGUUCAGGGCACGCUUCUAGAUAGGAAGAAUAACGGCAUGGUUGUUCUUGAGAUAAAUGGGUCUUGGUCAAUAAAAGGGGCUAUGUACAAUUUUAGUCUAAAAUGUUACUUUUUCCUUCCCAGUGGAAGGAAGGCAAUCACACACCCAUCAUUGCAUCUUAUUGUGCUAUUGGUGGUGCACCUUUUGUACAGCAAAGUGUAUUGAAAUCCUUGCAGGGAAGCACCCCUGGUUUUUUCACUAGCAUUUUAGUUGUGUGACAUUUUUUAGAGUGUCUGGAAAACUAAAAAGAUACAAUUGAGCUAUUACUUUUUUUUAAAUGAAAGUAAGAAACUACCUGCUGCUACCUAUCUGUUUAUAUGUAGUGUGUCUCAUUAGAAACUGUAAACUGAAGAAGCUUUUCUUCACCUUAGUCCUGCCAAAUCGUAACUUUUGAAUCCUGGUAUGUGUAAAUAUGUGUGUAUUCCAAAUCAGUCUGAAAAUGUUACACCACAGGCAUCUCCAGUGAUUUGUUCUUCAGCAGUCAGUUAUAAAGUAGAGUAAUAUA